CUGAGCGCGGGCGGCGGUACAUGGCCCCGACGGGAGGCGCGCUGCCCGCACCUGGAGCCACCUCGGCCCCGCGCGUCCUCUCCCGUCCGGCCUCCGUCCCGCGGACAUGACCGCGUAGCCUCCUCCUGGGCUGGGAUUGGCUCGAAAGUCCUCUUCAUGGAAGCGAUGUCCCCCCAGCAGGAGACUCUAGGGGGGCAGCCGGGGCGCUCCUCUUCCCUGACCGGAGUGUCUCGGAUCGCGGGCGGCCCCGGCACCAAGAAGAAAAUGAAAACACUAGCAGAAAGGAGGAGGAGUGCUCCAUCUCUUAUCCUGGAUAAAGCCCUGCAAAAACGACCUAGUACCAAAGAAAGUCCUACUGCUAGUGUGGACACGUGUGCAUUUUUGUCAUCAUUUGAAUGCUCCAAUAGGACUCUGCUAAUUGAUGGUCGGGUAGAACUCAAAAGAGGCCUGCAGAGGCAGGAGAGAUAUCUUUUCCUUUUCAACGAUCUGUUUGUUGUGGCCAAAGUCAAAUAUAACAACAACUUUAAGAUAAAAAAUAAAAUUAAAUUAAGUGACAUGUGGACAGCAAGCUGUGUGGAUGAAGUAGAAGAAGGAAACACAAAUGCCGUGAAAUCCUUUGUCUUAGGCUGGCCCACAGUGAACUUCGUGGCUACAUUCAGUUCUCAAGAACAGAAGGACAGAUGGCUCUCUCUCCUUCAAAGAUACAUCAAUCUAGAGAAAGAGAAGGACUACCCGAAGAGCAUUCCCCUCAAAGUCUUCGCCAAGGACAUUGGGAAUUGUGCCUAUUCUAAAACUAUAAUAGUAACGAAUUCAGAUACAGCAAAUGAAGUUAUCAACAAGUCACUACCAAUGCUAGGGAUAAAUGGCUCAGAAAAAGACUACCAGUUAUGGGUCAAUUCUGGCAGAGAAGAGGCACCAUACCCUCUUAUUGGACAUGAACAUCCCUAUGGAAUUAAAAUGAGCCAUCUUCGAGACACCGCACUUCUGACACAGGGGUCAAAGGACUCCCCUACACCUUCCAGCCUCCAGGAGGCCUUCCUCAUGGAGCAGCUGCCCCGAGAGAUGCAGUGCCAGUUCAUCCUGAAGCCCAGCCGCCUGGCUGUGCCCCAGCAACUGAGUGAUUCAGGUCAGAAGACAUUUAAAAGGAGAAGAUCCAUCAUAAACUGGACCUUUUGGCGGGGUUCUAGCACUCAGGUGGAUACCUUGCCCGUGUCACCAACAUCUCCAGUGCCAGGUCAGCUGUUCGGGACUUCUCUGCAGAAUAUUUGUGAGAACGACAAUCUGCCCAGACCUGUCUUGGAUAUGCUUUCCCUUCUUAAUCAGAAAGGACCCCUCACAAAAGGCAUCUUUAGACAGUCAGCUAAUGUGAAAUCCUGCAGAGAGCUGAAAGAGAAACUGAAUUCCGGAGUUGAAGUACAACUAGACUGUGAAUCUAUUUUCGUGAUAGCAUCUGUCUUAAAGGAUUUUCUACGAAAUAUCCCAGGAAGUAUUUUUUCAUCAGAUCUCUAUGAUCAUUGGGUCUGUGUCAUGGAUCAAGAAAAUGAUGAAGAGAAAAUAAAUGCAGUUCAAAGGCUAUUAGACCAACUUCCGAGAGCCAAUGUUACUCUCCUGAGAUAUCUUUUUGGUGUUUUACACAACAUUGAGCAGCAGUCCUCAUCCAAUCAGAUGACUGCAUUUAAUUUAGCGGUGUGCAUUGCUCCGAGCAUUCUUUGUCCUCCUGCUUCGGCCAGCCCAGAACAAGAAGGCGAAUUUACAAAAAAGAUUUCUCUGCUUAUACAAUUUCUGAUUGAAAAUUGCUGUAGGAUAUUUGGAGAAGAAAUCACUUCCCUCCUGGGAGAAGUUUCAGUGAGACGCGAUCCUAGAGAGAACGCCUCAGAUACCUCUUGCUUCCAGCUGAACGACUCCUCCUAUGACAGCUUGGAAAACGAGCUGAAUGAGGAUGUUGAUGCUCCGUGCAGCGACCUGGUGAAGAACCUUGGCCAGGGUAGCCGAAGCAUGGACUCCGUGCUGACCCUCAGUGACUAUGACCUCGACCAGCCUGAGGGGGAAGGCCUCUUAGCCCUGGGCGACUUUGACUUAGAGCGUUCUAAAGAUGGAGACAUCCGAGUGGAGCAGCCUCUCGAAUCCAAGCCCGUGACUGUGGUAGUGUACACGAGGGUCCCACGGCAGGAUCCUGCCGGGGCCCCCGCCGGCCUGAGCACGCCCAGCCUCCCGUCCACUGCCCCAGGUGCUCCAAAGGGCCUGAGGCGACAACGGCGCUGCUCGGAGCCCAGCAUUGACUAUCUAGACUCAAAGCUUUCCUAUCUCAGGGAGUUUUAUCAGAAAAAGCUGCGCAAGUCCAGCUGUGAUGCAAUUCUCUCAAAAAAAGAUGAGAACCACGUGAAUCAGAAUCGACCCCUCCAGGAAGAGGGUGAGACACAUUUUAAACCAAGUUUAGUCACAGGCACUAAUACCAAGAAGAAUGCCACUAAUAAAAAUAUUAAGAAGAAAAGCUUGUCCGAUCAUGAAGGAAAUCACAUGAAACUUUUUCCUAAAUCCAAGCCCGUGGCCAUCUCCGUGGCAUCUUAUAGUCACAUCUCCUCCUCAUGCGAUCAUCCCAGGGACCAGCCCUUUAAUACAGAUACAUCUGGCUACUCCCCGCCGCACACAGCAGAUGCCCUCAAGAGUUCCAGGAGGCACCGGCGCUGCUCAGAGCCCAGCAUCAAUGACCAGCACUGCAGACUGACCUAUCUCAGGGGGAUUUGUUCAAAGAAACAACACAAAGCCAGCUGUGAAGCCAGUCUCUUGCAUGGAGAGGACGAUUAUCUCAAGCGGCACAAGUCUUUGCAAAUGGAAGGGCAGAAGCUGAUUAAUCAGAGUUUGGUCAUGGGCAUCGAGGUGGGCAAGAGUAGUGCCACAAACCAAAACACUGAGAAGGUCGUACCCCCCAGGUUAAACAUUUGCCCAAGGACUAGCUAUUCCAGCUUGUCCUCUCCAGCCACCUCCCCGUCUGGCUCAUCCGUGAGCUCCCAAGAUAGUGCUUUUUCACAGAUUUCUGAACACUCCGUGUUUACACCAACUGAAACUUCCUCUCCAAUAGACUGCACUUUUCAGGCUCAAAGAAAAGAGGAAGAGCUCUCUUCUGACUUUAGUUACAGCCUCAUUUCUGGACUCCCUGGUCCCUCCUCAGAGCAGGCCACCAGCCACCUGGCUCAUACUAAGAAGGACAGUGUUGAGUGGCAGUCACAGAAGCGCUCUGUAACUCUUCACCCCAGCACGUGGUUGAGAAGUGGGCUAGCCAGUUUGAAAAACUGGUCCCUCAAAAAGAAGACAAAGGCACCCAAGCCAGAGGAACCACCUCCUCAUGGUUCUGGUGUCCCAGAAGCCAGUGCAGUGCAAGAGAGCCAGAAAGACACCCCCCUAGCGGCCGCUGAAGGACUUGGAGCUAUGCAGGCAGCCCAGUGUUGCAGUUCUCACCCCAGCCAGGACUCAGAGAAACAUGCUAGCUCUCCAUUCAGCCUGGUGGAAGAUAGACUCGAGCUUUGUACGGGGUCACCCAAGGACGGAGAGAAUAGUGGGCAGUAUCCUUCUGGUACUCUGCCUCCUGAACCACCCUCACCCAGCUCCUUGACUGUGCAUGAUGGGUCCAGCCCAGACUCAGGGCCUGCAGUGGUUUAUGAUGUGGAGGACGAACCUUUAACCAAAGACAUUCAACAGCAGUAAGACUUGAUGUCUGCAAGCACACAACCUGGGCCAGUAAUGGUAUAAAGAUAAUAAUUAUUACAUCCCCUUAUCUAAAAUGCCUGAGAUGGGUAGCAUAAGGAUGAUCAUUGCUAAUACUUAGGACAACAAAAGCAUUCUCUUUAUCAGACUAUUUGGCAAAAAGUUUAGACUAAAAUAUUUUGUCACCUAAAUGUUCGGGAGACUUUUCCUUACUAGAGCAUGAUUUGAUCCAUCACGCAUUUUAGGAAAUCCAAGCAGAAAUCAUCUUCUGUAGAGGAAACAUGCCUUAUACGGUGAGAUCAGUGUCACGAGAAGGCCAGAAUAUCGAAAGCGAAGAACAAGAACUGUGGAGAAGAAGGAAGGGUGCAGAAAAACUAUCCACAUUAAUAAGUAGGCAAGAAAAAUUCCACUCAUCAAAGCAUUAGGAAGGAAAGCCUUCUGAUAGCAUGUGAACCUUUUCCCUGAAUCCAAGCCAGUGGCCAUUUCUGUGACAUCUUACAGUCUGUCACCUGCCUUCGCAGGAUCAUUUCAGGUAUCAGCCUAUUGGUGCAGCUAAGUGGAAAGAACCAGAGUGAUGAAGAACCAAGAGUAUCAUACCAUAGGUUUUUUCGUUGGUUGUGUUGGUUGAUUCGUUUUUCCACUAGUGUUUCCUUUCUCUGUGGCGGCUCAAGGGACACAACUCUGCAGAGCAAGGAAAAACACUAGUGGAAAAGCUAAUCAGCUGGUUGUGUUGGUUGAUUGGCUUUUCCAUCAGUGUUUCCUUGCUCUGUGGAGGCUCGAGGGACACAACUCUGCAGAGCAAGGAAAAACACUAGUGGAAAAGCUAAUCAGCUGGUUGUGUUGGUUGAUUGGUUUUUCCAUUAGUGUUUCCUUGCUCUCUGGGGGCUUGAGGGACAGAACUCUGCAGAGCAAGGAAAAAACGCUAGUGGAAAAACCAAUCAGCUGGUUGUGUUGGUUGAUUGGUUUUUCCAUCAGAGUUUCCUUGCUCUCUGGGGGCUUGAGGGACAGAACUCUGCAGAGCAAGGAAAAAACACUAGUGGAAAAACCAAUCAGCUGGUUGUGUUGGUUGAUUGGUUUUUCCAUUAGUGUUUCCUUGCUCUGAGGAGGCUUUGGGAGCAAGGAAACACUAGUGGAAAAGUGAAUCAACCAACACAACCAACCAAAAAAACUAUGAUAUGAUACCCUCUUCCUCAGAGGAGACAGCAGGAAAAUGGUUGUUCAUUUCAGUAUCCUUUCCACAGGUGCUUGAGCUAGAAACACUCUCCAGAACUGCAUUUUUUCCUAUUAGAAGGUGGCCUUCUGACCUCAUUUGCUAUCUUAGUGUGGAGGAAAAGAUAGCCAUAGCAUGGCCAACAUGUGGCCAAAGGGUGGCUCCUCUUUGCUGAAAUGUUCUUCCACCCCUUGCCUCUUAGCCAGGAAAAAACGAAUGGUAAACCAUUCCUUUUCUAAUUGUCAUUUGGCACUUGAGAGAGCAGUUUUGAGGCUGGCAGGUUGUAGAGUCACAGAAGAGCCACCAGAGUGGCUGACAGGCCUUUUUUCAAAUAGUCUUUGGCUUUGGAUUCCUUUUCUUGCAUAAGGUUUUGCAUAGCUCUGCCCUAAACGAUUCAUGAUCUAGACCCCAUUGCUUUCCUUCAUGUCUGUGGACAUUUCUCCUCUUGCCUUGAAGGUGACACCAGGACAUCUCUGGAUUAUCUCUAUGGAUUGUUGGGCUUCGCUGGCCCAUGGGAAGGGACAGAGUCAGGAAUACAUGUGCCUCUUGCUUCACUUUAAAUACUUCCAAGAAGUUGCUUAGAACCCAUUUGGUCUUUUUAGUUCAACAUGAGAUGGACCUUUCUCCCACAAACCUAUUUAUUCCAAAUGAUUUUUCUUAGCCACCCAGAAACUUUCAUGUCAAACGUUCCCUGUUGUCCUAAAGGUUGUAUUUUUCAUUUAUAGAAAAAAGAUAAUGUUUCCUCUAAGACAGAAGAAGUUAUUUCAGUAUUAGCUACAGGUGCUACCUACCUCUAGGGAAUAUGGCCCUGUUUCUCCUAAGCAUCAUAGUUAACCUUGGACUCUGUCCACAGAGCUCCUUCAUGACACUGGCCAUCUCAGUCACAGGUGUAAAGUAGAUUGUACCUUAUAAUGAACCACUCCCAUAUUUAGACUCCUAAGUGUCCACAUGCACCUUCUGUGGUGUAAUAUAUAAAGGCAGCAGGGAUUCCCCUCACCCUUAGGGCAUACUACUGUCAGAACUACAAGAUGUGAAUGAAGCCCUCAUGGCUUGGAGUGUCUUUAUAGAAGAAGUUGCUUCUCUACUUAACAAAAUAACAUUUCUAGCCUUUUUUCUUUCAUAUUGGCAAGUAGAAAAUUGUCCACCCAGUUUGAAGUAUAGAAGAAAAAUAGAUGCUGAAGUUCUUCAGUAACCACUCCUAGUCUCCGUGUUCCCUUAGAUACUCCUGUACCAUUUAAUGUGAAUAGCUAAUAUUGCUGUAAAGUAUUAAUAUUGUAUGAUUUGAAGACAGACUACGUGUCAUUUUAUUGUACUCUGUCAAUCUAUAAUAUAUUAGACUUAUGCUUUAUCUAAAAUGCUUUGAGUUUGUAUAAUAAUAUAUCUUGACAAAUUUUACUAGCAUAUGUAAUAGAUGUGUAUUUUUGUACUUGCAGAAACUGCUGCUAACUUUUAAAGUUGUUUGGUUUUCAAGGCACUGAUAAUGGAUAUGUAUGAAGUCCAUGCUGUCUAUUAAAUAAAACACCAUCCUCAGAGUUUAACAGUCCCACCAGAGUAAUAUUGCCCUUUGUAAACUUGUUUCAGCUAAUGAGCCCAAUUUCUACUUAACUGCUUAAUUGGAAAUUUCAUAAAAUGUAAUUAAUAUUGAUUUGAAACUUUGAACUCUAAGUCAUAGUCAUGGUCAGUCUCUAGAAAAAAAAAAAAGGUUUUUUCCUUUAUAUUUUCCUAAUCUCAUUGUUUACCAAACAAGUUAUGCUUUAGACACAAAGUCUUCAUUUUUCUUUGUUAUUAUAUUUAUACUAUGCUUCUAGAGUCAGAUACAUGUUUAGUCUAUAUUCUCAUAUCAAAGAACCAUCAACUCAGUUUGACUGUAUGAGAUUUUCUUGUCUAAAUUUGAACCACUCUGACCAGAGUGUCCAGUUAACCGCAGACACAUCCAGACAUCCAAGGAUGCCUGGAUCCAGAUACUACAAGACAUCAGUACUUCUAAAGUCAUAUAAAGUUAUUAAAUAUUCUGGUUUCUCAUUUUGCCUUCUCACAGUUCAAAGAUGUUCACUUUAUGUAAGUUUAAGCACCAUUUCAAAAAGAUUCAAAAAAAUACCCUAACUUAAUCCAGGAAAAAAGAGUGAUCUGCUUUGAGCAGUAAAGACCUAAAUAUUUAAAAAAAAAAAAAAAACAAAAAAACAACGAAGGUAAUUUUUGCUUUUAAAGAAGAGUGUUAAUCUACUAAAAACAUUGGAUUCAAUAAAUUAUCUCACAUUGUAUUUUUCUACUUUUCAUGGUGUGACCUUGAAUUGAAAGGGUCUAAUGUAUCCUUGAACCAAUGGCAUAUUUUGUCUGUUGAAAAGAAACUAAGAAUAUUAUGUAUCUUAAUCCAAAUUAUGGUAGUAAAUGUUUAACUGAUUUUUUUUCCUACCUGGUCAUGUUUUAAUGACUUGAAAGUCUGCAAACUGUUUAUUUCAAUACAAAAGAAAAAAAAUUGAAUAAUAAAGCUGAGUAAAAUUAACUUUUUUAGUGUCUAUUUUUGUUACAAAGAUGUCUCAUAAGCCGUGUCUCCUGCUGAAAGGAAGAGCACUCCUGAAUUCUGUGCUUUCUGCCCCCAAAUAUGAGAU